GUCGCACCACAGCUAUUCCGGCCUAAAAGAAAAUGUGUAAGAAUGUCUUCGCGUGUUUUGAGGAAACUACAGGGUGACAAGGAACUAGAAAUUUUGCAUAAUGAAGAAGAGGAAGAAGAUGAAUUGAACUUCACGUCGGCUAAGUCAAAAAAGAAACAGAAAGUCGUAGUUAAUCCUUUUGAUUUGGUAAGUAAAAUACCGGAUGCCGGUUCUAUAAACUGCACCAGUUGCAUGCGCAGACUGUGUUGUGACGUGUAUGUUUACAGCGUUUCUGUUUUAGUUAAAUGUAGAUGAUGAACAAUCAGCUGAAGAUUCUCAGGAUGAUCAAGAAGAAGAAAAUCUGAAGGAAACCGCUGAAAGUGUAGCAGAAGAGAAACCAAGUUCAACAGAGCCUGCUGAAAAACAAGGUGCCAAAAAGAAGAGAAAGAAAAAGAAAAAGAAAGGAAAGGGUGAAAUUGAAAAUGGGAAAAUUACCAAUGUGAGUGCGGUAAUCUUCAGUACAAACGAUACAUUUUUGGGGGAGAAUUUAAAAAUGGACUUUUGGAUUCAGAAAUCCAGAUUUGGAUUUUCCAAAAAAAUGCACCCAAAAUUUAAACUAUCAAUUUUCCUAAUGAAUGUGGACAUUCCAUGUAAAUGACAUUUUGAGUAAAUUUCGGUGGGAACUCUUCAUUCUGAAAGUGUCUGUGGACAGCUAUUUCAAUUAAGGUUGUCAGAUUUUAAGGUCUCAAGCCUACACGACAGGACUGCAAGAUCAUGCGUGUGGGUAGCUAUAAAUCCUUAAAAAUUUGAUCACAUUAUUAUUUCAUUCUGAGAGUGUCUGUGGACAACUAUUUAAAUUAAGGUUGUCAGAUUUUAAGGUCUCAAGCCUACACGACAGGACUGCAAGAUCAUGCAUGUGGGUAGCUAUAAAUCCUUAAAAAUUUGAUCACAUUAUUAUUUCACAGUUGUUAGUGCCAUCGAAUGGGAUAAAGGUCACUAACAUUUACAUUAUAUUUUUUUAAUUUUGUAAGAUUAUCCAUAUUGCUUUGCAGUUUCAUCCCAAAUUAAUGCUUUCCAUGAUCUAACAACAGUAAUAAAAUUAAGAAAUAGCUGCGAGACAAUAUAUAUUGUUUUUGAGGGAAAUAAUUGUUUCCAGUACCAGAUCCAUCCCCACUAAGGCAGUAAAAAACAGUGUUGAUAAAACAUGGCCUUACACUCUUACAGUCAAUAAAAAUGAGUAAUCCAUUUUGUUGAAAGUUGCCCUUCUUUUUCUACAGGUGCUUGUUUUAGUUAAUUCUUAAAUUUCAUAAUAUGAAGAAGACCUUAUUUUUUAUAUUUAGAAUGGAAAGAACAGCAUUGAUUGUGCCAAAAACAAAGAAGUGAAAAACUCACAGGAAACAGAAAAACAAGUAGAAGUGCCUGGUGAGAAAAAAUAUGUAAUUUAUAGAAAACAUAAUUUAUAAACGCUAAGACGGAGUAUCUUAUCCCCCAAAGGUGGGGGGGGGACUUCCUAUUUUGUGCAAAAGGGAAUGAGCCAUUUAUUUUGUUACCCUGUUUAGGGCAAGAAACAGGCAACGGUGAUAUUUUCACAUGUGAAGAUAACAUGUUUUCAUAUCAAGUUUUCGUGUGAAAGCUCACUCAGUAUUUCAUUGGUGUUUAUAUAAUAAAAACAAGUUAAUUCGUUUUUGUUUUUUAUUUUUGUAUUCAAUAAGCUCUUUCCAACUACAUUACACACUGUUUUAAGCUUCCAGUCCAAAAAGACACCCUGUUCAAGAUACUAAAUAAAGAAAUUGUAGACACCAUUGAAGACUCAGUUUCCCAAAGACCAGAGCCUGUGAAUGAGUUUGUCAGCGCUUGAAACCCUCAGACUUCUCUUCACUCUUUGAGCCCCAAUAUCCACAUGCAAAUUCUCAAGACUGAUUACCAUACAUUUCCUUAAUGAAUUAGUUGGGAGAAUUUGUUUGAAGAUCAAAGCGUUUUCUAUGAACUGACUGCUUUAUAUAUUCUCACAACAUUUUCUCUUGAUUAUGUAUUCAUAUCUUUAGGAGAAAAUUGAUUUUCAUCACUCUCAAGACUUAAAGGGUUAAUAAAGUGUUCCCCAUUUCACCUUCAAUGUCUCACUAGGAUACAGAAAUGGAUAAUUCAAAGUUUUAACUUUUUUUCUCCCUCUGAAACCAGCUCCAGUAGCAACAUUUGGACAGAGCACCUCAAGGUCUCUUUAUACCAAACCUUUGCUUGGUGUGGAACAUAGGUAAGAGUUUUAUUUUGUAUGCAAUUACAAUAUUCAAGGGAUGUGCAUGCAAUGAGGUCCUAAUUAUUGAGUAAAGAAUUUUCUUCGUUUUGAUUUUUGGAAUAUAAACCAUAUUCACUCAAAUAAGCACCUUCCCCAAUUAAGCACCAUGGCCCUGAUAUAAGCUUAAAUAAAUGCCACCCUCAUAUGAGCACCAAAUUUGAGGCAUGAUUUUAAGCACCACAAUACUUAUUUGAGUAAUUACGGUAUACAGGGCUCGACAUUGCGACUCACUGGUCGCCAAUGCGACCAAAAAUUGAGGACUGGCGACUAAAUUUUCAGAACUGGUCGCCAGCUGGCGACUCGCGUUUUGUCCGAUGGCUAAAGAAAACCACGACACAACUUUUGUUUUUAAAUCUUUAUAUUAGGAAAUCAAUCGGAUAUGGUAGCUAGUAUCCAACUCACCUUUCUGUCCCCAGUAAAAUAAUGUCUGAAUACUACAAGAUAAUCGAAAAAAAUUGAAUGUAUUUGAAACGUCGAUACUGCGUUCACGACGCCAUAUAUUGUUUCCGUGGCUUCUUCCGAAACUGGGAUCGCAGGCGCACUUCAACAUCAUGUGCUUUUCAUUUGCCGCGAAAAUGGCGGCAGAUACAAAUCAGUUGAAGGAAAUACGUGAGUAUUUACGCAUGGGAAUGAAGAUUCAGCCAAAAGGUUAAUCCAAACUUUGAAUCCUUCAUCAGUUGUUGAUGUAGGGAAAGUGGGCGGUUAAUAAAUGGAUAUAACUAUCACUAAUAGAAAAAGUACCUGAGUGAAUAGUUCUUAACAACGUUUCUUUAUACUUUAAGGUAAGGAGAUAGCGAUUCAAUUCAAGCGGUGCUUCCGUAAACUCCCGCAAUAUUUUAGGUUUUACUUUCCUACAACGUUCUGUCUAAAAUGAAACGAAGACCUAAAAACGGCACUAAGCCCAUUUAUGUUUCCUCCCGGUCGGAGACUGGUACGAGCAAUGUGGUGGCCUGGGCCAAGCGUGGCGUUGUUUGUCGGCAGCGAAAAGGCGUCGAGGAAAGCAAGUCGAAAAUAAAGAACGCCAUUUCGUAGAAGUAGCAAAGGGCAAAUACGCAAGGACCCGUGUUUGUCUCAGAAUGAAAACCACGGACUUAAAACGUUUUAUGCUUCGCUUCAUUUAAAAUGACUAUGGAGACAACCAUCACCUUCGGACCUGAGACAUAUCACCUGAGAACAACGGUAGCUUUAUAACUAAGUGUUACUCAUGUUGUUUCUAAUUGUUUUCGCUCUUCAGUUGUGACUUUUCUUGCACGCAAAGUAACGUAUAAAAUCGUGUUCUUGUGUAAGGGCCUCUUUACAUGGAGUGGGGGACCCUGGUCUAGUGGGGUUGGUUUCUUUUGUUUUCACGCCCUGGGGGACACAAAGCAAAAGAAACCUACCCCACUAGACUGCGGUCCCCCACUCCAUGUAAACAGGGUCUAAGUUAUAUAUAAAAUAAGCUGGCGACCAAAAUUUACGAUCUGGCGACCAAAAUUUUUCCGUUAGUCGCCAGCUGGCUCCCGAACGAAAAAGUUAAUUUCGAGCCCUGGUAUAAGGUAUUAUGAAAUAUUUGAUAUUUGUUUUACCCAGGCACUUGAAUGCAGAGAAUGAGAUGAAAAAGAGAUUUGGAUCUCAUGUUGUUCGAGCAGAAAACAGGUUUGUUUAUAAUACUGAAAGUAUACUUUUGUUUUCGAUUGCCUUGUUCCAUUAUAUUAUUUUACAGCUAAUGAUACACAUUUUUAUUUUGAUCUAAGAUUACAUUCAGAUGUUUCCAUUCCGUUUCUUCCUAGAAUGACAAAAAAUUUAUAUUUGCAUACACGUAAAAGCUUGAUAUGCUUUUUGUAGGCACAGACGAGCACAUCAUCGAGUUUACCAUCACUCCUCAAGGUUUGUAUAUUCACAUUCAUUGAAUGAACUUAGCAAUGUCUGGGUAUAAAUAUAAGGAAUAGCAAGUGUUUGUCUUUGAAAAGUGCAAAACUGAGAGUCUUAAAACUUUUUAAAAAUAACAUUGAACCAAAAAAGGUGAGACUUUGAUACUCAGACAGGGUGCAAAGAAAGUCAGUUUUACAGCCUCCCAUUCGGGGAAGCUGUAGCUUGCAUGUACUAGCCCCAAUACCCUUUUUCAUCAGCAGGAUUGAUUACAAUCCUUCUGUAAUUUGAAUUUCCCCAAAAAACAGCACGUUAAGAACAAAAAUCACUAGCCCGAUAGCAAAAUCCACUAGCCCUGGGCUAUCGGACAUGACUUUCUUUGCAAGCUGUACAGAAAACUUGUUAAAACACAGCUGUUAACAAAACCUGGAUCAGACCAGAUGAGAUUAUACCACAAACACCCACCACCCUUUUCUAAUGUUCAUAGUAGUCUCACUUUGAAGUUGCUGAAAUUUCAGUCACUGUCAACAACAGUUCAAUUCAGGACCACUAUAGACUGUGCUAAAUGAUUACUUUCACUUUCUUUUGUCAACGUGACACAUGUAUAUUUUUAUAUCCACAGACUAGUGACACCUAAAUCAACAUGGCCUCGUAUGGGAGCAACAGGUCAGUUUUUAAUCUUUUGAGUAACAUGUGGGGUUAACUGUUGAAAUGUCAAAAAGGAAUUUCUCCAAUGUCAAAGGCAAUUCUGUUAAAGAAGCAAAAUAGGCCAGAUGGUAAGUUCAAUUUCUUGAUGGUUAACCUGUACCAAUCCUGUUGCUGGUCAAGGUAAUUUCACAUCACACUUUUUAUACGUCCCAGACUUCUCUUUUCCCAGUGUUGCACUUUUAGUCGUCUUUUAUUACUUAAAUAUCUUUACACCACAAAACGCUUUCUUGGUUGUUGUCUUGUCCAUGAGAAAAUUUACAAGCUCAAAGUGUUUUAGCUGUGUGAUAACAAGUUCAUUUGCCAUAUAAUGGUCUCAGCAGGGUUAUGAACUCUGAUCUGAUGAACAAAUCAGAAUGCAGGAAAAUCCAGUAACCAUAUAGUCCAAUUAUUUUUAAUGAAACUUUUAUUAUUUAUUCACUUAGCUUGUAAUUCUUUGCUUUGCAGGGAUAAGCAUGAAUAUUAGAGAUAGCAAACAUGGGUAAGUUUUUAUAAAAUAAUGUACUGUGAACCUUCAUUAAAUGUGAAUAUAAAAUUCUAUUCCACGAAUAUGCUACAAAACUUAUCAAUCCACAAAAUCCCCCCCUUCCACAUGAAAUUCAUACUUUUGCACAGGACCGCAAAUCUUGGAAGCGCGUAGAGGUCGACUGUUGGCACCACAGGGAACCCCCAUGAGCUCCUCAGCAGAGCAGAGAGAUUAUUGACAUUGUUAUGUACUACCAUUCAUACACACUCCCACGGAUAACUGGCCACCCUGUGAGCAAACCCUCCUUAUGUGUUCUUCUUAACUGAAGAGGAGAAAAGGAGAUUCUGCUUGAGUAGUGUCAAGCCUUUGAAGUUGCUGCAGCCUAAAAUUCUGGACUAGUCAAUCUUGUUUUUUCUCAUCAAACAGUUUUGUUGAGUGCGAGUAUCUAUUUAUUAAUAAACCAUUGGUUAUAACUGAGCCCACUGUACCAGGCGCAUGGCUAUUAGGCCUGAGUUUGAAACUGUAUCCUCGCAACAUGUAGUGCAUGCUCAACAAAGAUCUUACUUGAUUCAUACAGAAUCUUUUUCAAAAAAGCCACUUUUGAGCAAGUGAAAGGAAUUAGGAUCUGCUGGCAGGGUAGUAACUGGCACAGUAGAGAAAAAAAUAUUGGUGUAAUUUACCAACUGUCCCAGCCCCUUUUGUUUAAAAAUAAUUUUAAUUUACUGGUUAAUAAAAAUCUUCAGGGUCAAUGUACUAACUUUUUUCCUUCAAAUAAAGUCAAGUACAUGUAGAUGACCAACUACAAGGACAAAAUAAUUCCAGGCAAAUAAGCAGAAAAUUAGGGAGAGAAGUGAACAAACAAGGUCCUUAUUCUGGUGUUUCUUUUUCCCUUUACCCUUUAAGCCCUAAGAGUGAUCAGCAUCAAACUUCUCCUUGUAAUAUCACUGCUUCAUAAAACACAGUGGUCAUGAGAAUUAAGGAGAUGAUCACACAAGAUGAAUCUAAUAUUGAUACUUCAACAAAUUCUCCCCACUACUUCUAUUGGAAACGUAUAUGGAUAACAAAUGAGAAUUUGAAUUUUGAUGUUAGGGUUUAAAGGGUUAAUAGAGUUCAUUAUUUCGAUUCAUGCACACUUGUCGAAAAGGAAACUUCAACUUCAACUUUAUUUAAAUUUGGAAAUAUAACAAAAGAUACAUUGGGACUGGCCUGCAGUUAGUGAGGAAAUCAAAAUUUAUACACCAAACAUCUUUGUUGUAUUUAAUAUUGAUUUUCCCCAUUUUAUCAGCUUAACUGUUGUUGUUGCUUUUAGUUAUAUCUUCACUGUAUGUAAACAUUUCUCUUAAAGAACAGUUGCAUGUACCUGAAUUUAAACAUGCUCCUUCUUACAAUCGCCUUUCCUGCCAUUUCUUUUUACACUUAUCUAGGUACACCUAUUUUGAAUUUGAGCAUUCUCCUUCCUACCAAGAAGUCCAGUUUCUGUUUCUUGAUGCUGUGGAAUCUCUAAACCCCAACAACAUAUCCGUGAGUGAUGAUGAAACCCUCAGUCAGUUCUUUCUUUCAGUGCUUUUGUAACUUUACUAAAUGAUUGGAAAUAGAUGGAAGCUACAACCCUGGUCAAAAUAUCUUGGGACAUUUGAGAAAAUUAAGCACAAAGAUUCACUAUUGUGAAUGAACUCAUAUUCUACCUCUUAUAAGAACUUGGGAGUGUUGUUAUGGGGGUUAUUUCUGCUCCCCCUUCCCCUUAAAAAUGUUGACUGUCAACACUGCACCAGGGGGGGAGGGUAGGGAAAAUACAUCAUUUUGUUGAGCUAUUGUGUUUGUGUUCCAAGAGUUUUGACCAGGGUUGUUGGUUGUUAUACUUGACAUUCGACAUGCAUCUUCUCUACUUUUGGGGUCAUAAUCAGCGUAUUAUGUCAAACGCAUCCUUUGUAUAACCAGGCGGUGAUUCAUCUGAAAGAUGGAAAAUGUUGAGCUUAUUGAAUGAAUGAAUAACAUUAUGCUGUAUUAAUUUUGUUAUCCCACAGAUGUGAAACAAAGAAAACAUUCAGGUCCUCUACAGCAAUGUUUGGACCACAACUGAAAAUCCUUGCACUCCCAAAAAAAUCCCUUUUUUUGAACUUUUAAAAAAGUUAGUAGGUGUAGGCUGAUUCAGUUAAUCAAUCAGUCAAUCAAUUUAUUGGUGUCAUAGCAUGGGAUAGGGUGCCCCAAGUAUCCGAGCCAGAGGCUCAUGUAUAAAACACACACAUGACAAAAAUAAUUAAUAACAAUACAAUACAUGAAAAUAAUAAUAAUUAAACAGGUUACAAAUAUAAAAGACAAUAAUAAAAAUUACUAUAUCCCAGACUGUAUAUGUGAGAAGUCCUCAAGUAACACCCUUUUGCAUCCCACUUACUUAAUCAAAGACUAUGGAAAUCUCAGUGGUAGAAUACAUUAUUGAUUAUAAUAUUAAAUACGCUAAAAACCGUAAGAAUGCAAUAAUUACAAAUUAGUAACUGGUCUAUAUUGUUCUUGUCUUACAGUGAUGGUUAUUGUUGUGAUGAUAUUUUGUUGCAGGCUAUCUUACAUACUCAUCCUUACCAUGUGGAUUCCUUGCUGCAACUCAGUGAAAUCUGUAAAAUGGGUGAGGAUUUCCAAAUGGCUGCGGAACUUAUUGGUGGGUUUACAUUUAUAUAAUACUGUUUUGCCUUCACCUCUUCUGUGGUAAUGCAAUCAAACCUCUGUUAAGUGACUUCCUAUUCAGUCAGGGUUUUUGGUAGCAUUUGGAGGUACCGGAUACAGAAGUUCGGCUGGCAGACUUGCGCUGUUCAUGCCACAGGUGCGAAGAUUGAACUUCUAGGGGGAUUGGGGGGCAUGUUCCCCUGGGAGAUUUAUAAAAUUGUACUCUCUAAAAUGCAAUUUCCUGCAUUCCCUGGACUGGAAUUGGUUAACGGGGAAAGUCUUUUACGGCAUCAAAAAUUGCUCACAAAAAAUUAAAUAUUUGACUCAACAAUAAUAAUUAUAAUAAAUCAUUAUGGGUUUACAGUUGUUUAUUUUUUAGUUGAUUCCACAACAAUUUCCAAUCGGAAGGUGUGUACGAAUCCCAAUGACAGAUGGUUUACAGAUAGUAAUAAAAAUGUCCAGUUCAGUUGUUGCAUUGACUCAUCAAAAGUUAAAUCAAACGAGAAAUGAUUUUCACACUUGAAAAAUAGUUAUUUUGUGCUCAAACUACUAAACGUUACAUGUCAAACAACCAGACAUUGUGUCCAGCAUCCGGCCUGAAACGAAACCCCUGUUCAGUGACCUCUCUCUAUUUAUUGGCCAGGUACAAAAGUCCCCCUGGGUUAAAAUUGUCAGUAAAUCACUGUAAACAGCAUCUCUGUAAAGCGACCAACCUUUUUGAAGCAGCCACUCAUCCCUUUUCCAAGGAUCCCUGCUUUCAGUGCAGCCACUCGAAGUUGGACACUUGGAAGAAGAUUGUCCAAUCACAACGUUUUCUGACAACCAAAGAUUCUCAAGUUUUUUGCAAACAGACCAAUAAAAGUAAAGAUUAAACUAUGCAACUGAUGUGAACUUUAAACCAUUUGAACUUACUUGACCUCUCAGGAAAUGGCCCUCAGAUUUAUGAAUGUUGUUGGUCCAUUUGCAAAACAACUUGGGAUUCUUUUGUUUUCAGAAAACGUUGCGAUUGGACAAUCUUUUUUCAAGUGUCCAAGUUUGAGUGCCUGCACUGUAAUAGAGUUUGAACUUCAAUAAUACUUCCCCUGUAUAUUUAUAUAUCCAGGAGUUUCCUUAAGGUAGUACUCAAUAAAGCUCAAAGGUUACAGCACCUUUUUUCACUGCCAAGAACCAUAUAAUAAAGAUGAAGUAAACAUCAAUUUUGGCAUUGUGAGCGUACCUUAUUGUCUCCUGAUUUAUAUUAUAUAUAUAUAUUUUUAUUUCAGAAAGAGCCCUGUAUUGUCUUGAAAGAAGUUUUCACACUGUGUUUAGUCUCACACAGGGCUACACAAGACUUGACUACAGGAGGGCAGAAAACAGGUGACAUAUUAAAUAACCUUCUUGUUUUAAUAAUAAUUUAUUAGAUAAAGGAAGUAAAAUAAGUGUAGGUCACUUUCAAAUAAUCAAAAUCCAUACCCAGUACUUGGCUCCGAGGCUGAUGGAAGUAGAAGAAAUGAAAUGAAGAUUUUAUUCAUCCUUGAAACCCAAUUCCAGUUUUUGGUUCUAUGUAAGCCGAUUAUAAUGACAACAAUUUUCUAGUACCUUACCACUAUUAUUUAGGCUUCCAUUGUAAAAAGUACUGAAAUAUAAUUUUAGACGAUACUGCAGUGCUAAAACCUGUUCAUCUUUCUUUAAUAAUUUGCCACUAGUUAGCAAGAUCUCAUGUAUUCAUUUUUUUUUUUAGGUCCUUCUUUAUUGCUCUGUUUCGUCAAAUCAUCUUUGUUGGACAAAAAGGUAAUUAAAGUGCCCUGUUACUGUGAAGUCUGCAUUGUCAUGCCUUACAAGUUGACGUCAUUCUUUUUUUCUCAUUUUAGGCUGCUACAGAACAUCUUUGGAGUUGUGCAAGCUUCUUCUUAGGUAAAAGGGUUUAACCCUUUAAGCCCCAAUAUCCACAUACAAAUUCUCCAAACUGAUCUCUAUACAUUUCCUUCAUGGAUAGAGAAUUUGAUAAAAGAUGAAAGCGUUGUCUCUUAGGUGAUCAUUUUGUCAAUUGUCAUAACCUAAUCUCUUGACAUUGUUUGGAUAUUGUUAGGAGAAAAUUGAUGUUGGUCACUGUUGGGACACAAAGGGUUAACAAAGUGAAAAUACUAGGCCAACUGCUAUUUUAACAAAUGAAUUACACAUGUCUUGUAAUAAAAAACUGAAAGUGUGUAAUGCCAGCAGUCUUCAUCUUUCUGAGUGUUGUAUACUUAAAUGUUUCAUUUGAGGUCCCAACUCCAUCAUCAAAAGUAAAGGUUAUGAGAAUUACUAAAUUGAUUACCAAAGGAAGAAUGCUUUGAUCUUAAACCAAAUUCUCUCAACUGUCCUUAAAAGAAAUGUAUGGAGAUUGGUCUGGAGAAUUUGUAUGUGGAUCUUGGUGCUUAAAGGGUUAAACCUCUGGAAAUACCGACUCUACUUGUUCAUUAAAAAAGAAUUUUAGAGUUGCAAUGAUUCUGCCAUUUCUCAGAAGUUCCAAUUGCCGUCAUUGAUAUUGUUGGUUUCUUGAAAUUUCAUAAAUCUAACAUACUGCUUAACUUCCGUGAGGUUCGGUGUGUAAAAACACUUUAACGUUUACACUCUCUUUCUAGAUCUUAAUGUGACAACUGUUAGUUUAAUGUGGUUGCCUUUUUUUCUUUCAGCAUGGAUCCAGAAGAAGACCCCCUUGGAGUUUUACUUAUGAUUGAUUUUUAUGCCUUAAGAUCUGAGCAGUUUAGUUUCCUCAUCAGACUCUUUGAAGAGUGGGAGGUAUAAAUAUCUGACUUCGUUCAACAGUCCUCGUUUAUUCUCUUUUAAAUACAGUAAAGUAACUCCGUAGAAUUUCUUUUCUUGCUUUUAGUCUCACAGGAACCUGUCUCAGCUUCCAAAUUUUGCCUUCUCUGUGGCUCUUGCCUACUUCCAUGCCAGCAAACAAACUACUGAAACACAAAAAGCAGAUGAAAUGGUAAGUUCCUUUCGGUUAUAGUGUAUUUCAAUGUGCACAUGUAAUAGUUUUUGUUUUUAUUAUUAGUUUUGAACAGAAUCACUUCCACACUCCUAGACUUUCUAUAAGUCCUUUUUUGUUGUGAGUAAUUCUACUAAGCUCCAAGUAAAACAUUUCCAAACCACUGUUAUCUUCUCUUGAGCCUUGCCCAUUUCCAUAUAAAUUUUAGCAGUUUGCUGCCAUCCAGGUCAUUCUAACAAUGGUCCUGAUGAUAGUCGAUGGUCCUCUCUGCCAUUCUCAGAAUGUGCUUAACUACAUUGGAUCCAGGACAACUCGCCGCCCGGACAAUUCACCCCGUACUAUUGGCUACCAAAUCCUUUGAAAAUUAGCCCCCAAUUUCUCAACGAUUAGCCCUGAGUUAUUAGAAAGCAAAAAGUAAAAAGGAGGAAGAAAAACUCGGGGGCAGAGGCUAAUCAUCUUGAAACUGGGGGUUAAUAGUCUGGGGCGUGAUACCCGGGGGCCGAGUUGUCUGAUGUCGUAGGCUUACACUAGAUUACAAAGGUGCUCAUGCUUACUUUUAUUAUCUUUUAUUCACAUUGCAGCUUCAGACAGCUUUAAUUAUGUUUCCAUCGGUAAGUGGUAGCAAUUUCUCAUGAAAUUAAUAUAGUCUAAACCAUUAAAUUAACUACCAGAACAAUCCAGUCACCAGUUUUCUUUAAAAAAGCAGGCUAAACGGUCAUGUUUUUUUUUCUUUUCAUUCGAAUACGACGUUUUUUAAAGGAGAACUGUGUCACGAAAUGUAGUCGAAAUUCAAACCGUGAAAACUGCCACCACAUUGAGUGAACACUCUUAUUUUAUUUUAUUUUUUUAUUAAUUCAAUAUUUAUCCAGGGGCAUCCAAUUUAGCAGAGCUAGUUUAAAUGGAGCUCUUAUUCUUCGGCCAUUUCAACUUCGGUAAAAAUAAAACACAAACUGAGGUAACAAACAUGAUGAAACAACGCAUGUUGCAAAAAAACUUAGAUUUGAAAGACUUGACGUUUCGUAUGUAACAACAUACAUCUUCAGAAGUGAAGGUUAAAAAGAUUACAGUAAAAUUUUAACAUCUAGAAAAAGACUGGAACCUAAACAGGUAAAACUAUUAUAACUAAUGACAACAAAUGAUGAUGACAGGCUCAAUUUGAAGUCUGCACCAGCUAAAUAAUGGAAUGAUAGAAUGUUUGUUGGUUUGUGCUUACAACUGCGUUAAAUUUUGUAGGUUUUAUCUCCUCUAAUGGACAAAUGCAAUGUUGUGUUGGAUUCCUCGCUAAUCAAUCAUCAAUUCUUUUCUCCCGUGUCAUUCAACAGGUAGAGUAAAUCGCCCAAAUUUUCUAAUUUUAAUAUUCCACCAACGGGUGAAAAAAAACGCACAAUUUUUUUUUAACAUUGCUGAAAAACGAGUGGUAAGCUGUAUUGCCCAUUUCAUCACCACAGAAUCAAACCUCUCUUGCAACAAAUCAGGUUUGCAGGUUGCGUGACUGCUAGAAUUACGCGGGAGUCACGCCAUACGCGGGAUUUACGUCAAUGGCUGCAAAAAACAAGUUUCCCUAGGGCCGGUAAAACGCGAAACAUGUGCGAUUUUGUUGCACUAAGUAGAACUACCCUCUACUUUCUGCAACCUGCAACAACCUGAUUUGUUGCAAGACAGCUCUGAUUCGUGGGAGAUAAAACGCGCAACAUCGCUAUUCAACUCGUUUUGCAGAAAUUUUUGCAAAACAAAGGUGCACGAUUUUGUAGCCUCCCACGCAGACGUUCUUAGGGGUUCGUCACGUGUUCUGGCCUGUUCACGGUACCUUCACUAGUUUUUAAUGUUGUUGUUGUUGUUUUUGUUUUUUUCAUGUUGACCUAUAGUGAUCCUCUUGCUCUAAAGCAACUGGAAGGUUUGUACAUUGGUAGAACUUACCAUGUUUGGAAGGAACCAGAGGUGAGACGGGCCGGGACAAUAACUGCUUUAACCUCUGUUAAAAAAUAAGUCACUUUUUCAAUUUUAACCUGCUGUAUAAUUUUCCUAGGACUUGUUGGUUUUGUAAAAUUCGCAAACGCCAAACGUAUUUUGUAAAAUAUAAAUUUUCGCUAUCAGGUUUUUCAAGUAUAUUACCUUGAACGGGUAACAACUGGCCUUUUAUGUAUUAUCACAGUAAAACGCAGAGUGUAAAUCUAAACCUCUACGAAGCUUGGGUUUACUUUGUAUUGGUAUUUGGACGUCUUGAUUGUGACUGUACUUUAAUUUAGUUUUGAGUAAAACUUUCCCACUAACAGUUCAGUGGAAACUGAUAAUCUAGUUUUGGUAUUUUUCACACGACUUCAGCCCCGAUCACCACUGGUCAAUGAAGCACCUACUAACAAAUAAUUUUGUCCUGUUUCAUUUUAGGUUAUUGAUUGGCUUGCGGUGAAUGUCAGAAUAGUUUUAGAAAAGAGUCGAGGCCCAGGAUCCUUUGUACAGAAUGUAGCAGCAAAAGUAAGUACAGCUUUUUAGUUUCGUGUACUUGUGUAAACCUUUAACACUAACUUGAACCAUCAACCUGCAGAGGAUAACACUAUUCAUAUAAGCUAUAAGGGUAUGUGUUGUUGUAAGAAGCAUGUGCGUUGUUUACAAAGGCUGAGAAAACAGCCGGCAUUUGGCGACACCAUCACUGGUUUCCCCGCGAAAUGACGUCAAGGAACGAGCGCAGAAAUUCCAGACUGAUGACGCGACACUAACCAGGUCUGGGUAGUGUCUCUGAUUGGUCACACCACGAGGGAAAUUUGCUUUAACCAAUCAGGAAGUAUAGCCUGCGAACAGCAGACGCAUUUCGGUCGUCUUCUGUCCCUCCGAAAAAUAGCGUCUGCGUAGAGAAGCGGCGACCGGAAAUGCGUCUGCUGUUCGCAGGCUAUCAAGUACGACUCAUAUCUGGGCAAUGACACGUGACCAGUAUAGAAUUUCUGCGCUUGUUUCUCAGAGGUCAUUUCGCGGCGAUACCAGUAAUGGCGUCGCCAAAUGGCGGCUGUCAAGUUACGCUACAAAGAACUUAACACUGAACUUGCUCUAUAGCAAUUACUUAACCAUUACUUACUGUAUUGACUUCGUCUAUAGCUCACAUCAUCCCCGUAAAGGGUAUAGUUUUCAAACCUUCAAGUCUGUCAGGAAAUAAAAAUCAGGUUGUUUUGUGUAAAAUAGGGUAUUAUUUACGCGGAAACUCAUCAAGGAGUGAUAAAAUCAUAUUCAAACUGUAGAUAAGAAAUUUCGUAUACAUUUAGUGGACAUACGUAUCAACAUUUGUUGUCGCUAAAACUGCCUUCAAACUACUUUUUGUCUCUACAUUCUGCAAAUUAGGCGAACAGUAAAAACGUUAAAACGGGAUAAAACUGAUGGAAAUGUGGUGGUGAAUUUUAAGCCUAGUGAAUACAUAAGAAAGAUGUUCGAUUCAGUCAGUGACUCAGGCGGCUCGGAAGAAAAAAUCAGAUACUUCCAAUAGGAGUCGAACCUUUGACCUUCUGGCCUCAGUUGUACAAAGGCUGGAUAGCGCUAUCUACCAGGACCCGGUUGUUCAAACGUUGGAUAGCGCUAUCUACCGGAUGAAUCACUAUCCAGUGGAUAAGUAUUGGGAACUAAUUGCGUUAUCCACUGAACCGAUUUUUAUCCGGUGGAUAGCGCUAUCAACGUUUGAACAACCGGGGCCAGAGAAAUCUGUCCAGUGGUUGGUGCAAUUGGUUUCCCCAGUACUUAUCCGCUGGAUAGUGAUUUAUCCUGUUGAUAGCGCUAUCCAACGUUUGAACAAACAGGGCCAGAUAAAUCUCUGUCCAGUGGUUGGUGCAAUUGGUUUCCCCAAUACUAUCCGCUGGAUACUGAUUUAUCCUGUUGAUAGCGCUAUCCAACGUUUGAACAAGCAGGGGGCCAGAUAAAUCUCUAUCCAGAGGAUAACGCAAUUAGUUUCUCUAUUACUUAUCCGCUGGAUAGUGAUUUAUCCGGUGGAUAGCGCUAUCAACGUUUGAACAACCGGGGCCAGAUAAAUCUCUGUCCAGUGGUUUGUGUAAUUAGUUUCCCCAUUACUAUCCGCUGGAUUGCGCCAUCCAACGUUUGAACAACCGGGGCCAUGGUUACUAGUCUCCAGAUACUGUAUAUGUGGGGAGCAAAGGUCACUAAACUAGGUUCGUUCAACCUACUCUAUUUUUGUAGUUGAUUCUAUUCAUCUCUGUUUCUAGGCGACAAGUACGUUACAGGGGAACACCACGAAAUGUUUACCGGCACAUUUUGAUGUCAGGUGAGUGUGCUUGUUGGAAUUAAAAAGCGAUUAUUUGUCUCAGUAAUCAAAUGGUUUCCAUUGAUUUUGCAUAGAUAAACUCGAACUAUUUUUUUUUCAAAGACUAACAAAUUUCUGUUGCGCACCACGUGACAUAUUCGAUGACGGAUAUCAAAUCGGAAGCAGGAUGUCGACUGAUAUCGGACAUCUGAUUUUGUGCCACAUGAUAUGCUUGUUAAAGGAAACCCUGUAAUACCCGAGAUCUGUUCACUUUUCAACCCCAUAUAACCGUAACGAAAUAAAAUGCCUUGAACACUGUCAAGGGUUACAGGUCGUUUCGAUACAAGUUGAUCCAGUCGACGUGUAAAUAGUUUCACGUCCUUGGCUUGGUUGUAGUUGUACUGCUUGAGUUCGCACUGAAACGACUUGCAUCGAAACGACCGGUUUCCUCGUCAAGUUGCUGUGUGUUCAGUUGUAUAGUUGAUAACCUUCUGUCAGCGAGUUAAACUCCUUAGCUGGAGUAGGAUUCUGUCCCCGUCUAGACUGCAAAACAGUCCGUAUUUUUGCGUAUGUAUGCGUAUUCAAGUACGCGCGAGCAGUCAAACAAAAGGUCUAGAACGAGCCUGAAAACAGAGAGCGAGACUGGGGAGGGGUAACUAAGACUCUUACGCCACGCUUUACCGAUUUGUUUACUGACUUUGAGAAAAAAAACCGACUGUUUUGCAGUCUAGUCGCCGUCUCUCUAUAUUUAAACAAUUAACAAUUUCAACACUCUGAAGAUGAAUUUCGUUCAGGUUGUCGAAAACUCAGUCAUUUCCGACAACAACAGGUCAACGUCAUUUUCGACAGACUGCUAAAUGCCUUUUUCGUUUUUUGUAGAUAUUAAGGACGCCACAGCUUCUCUUCCCAUGGUAAGUUAUGUCACGUUGCUUUCUUUUGAUUUUGAGUGCCUUCAGGCCUUGCUGCUGUUCGUUCAUACGCACAGUUUGGUGGCCAGUUUUCUUACAAACAAGUGUCACACUUUGGAUUGUCAGUUGUCUAAAAUUACUGAGGCUAAGGGUCGAUUUAAUUCAACUUUUACAAGUGUAAUUUACAAGUGUAGCUAUUGUUGUAGGGACUGAAAACAAAAGCUAUAAUUGUAAAUUACACUUGUGAAAGUUUUAUUAAAUUGACCCCAGGAAUGUAUAAUUUUGACUGUUGAGGAUUUCGCCUCUUUAGAUUUUUAAGCCUUCUCUGAACUUAAGUCUUAAAAGAAAGGCUUUGUUUCUAAUUGGGCACUUCAGAAACGAGAUGGGAACUGGAGCCGAAAUGCGAUCGAAAUGGGAUCGUUACUGGGCAUGCGCCGGUCGCCGGUCAGCCAUUGGCCAAUUUUUUCCCUGUCCCUAGUGACAGUCCCAGAGGUCUUUGCGAAAGUUAACUCGUUCAUACGUACAGUUUGGUGGCUCAAAAACGAGAUGGGAACUGGACAUGAAAUGCGUCCCGUAAUUUGUUUCUGGGACCGUUACUGAGCAUGCGCCAGUCGCCGGUCAGCCAUUGGCCAAUUUUUUUCCCGUCCCUAGGGACAGUCCCAGAGGUCUUUGCGAAAGUUAACUCGUUCAUACGUACAGUUUGGUGGCUCAAAACGAGAUGGGAACUGGACAUGAAAUACGUCCCGUAAUUGUUUCUGGGAUCGUUACUGAGCAUGCGCAGGUCGCCGGUCGGCUAUUGGUCAAAUUUUUCCCUGUCCCUAGUGACAGUCCCAAGUCUUUGUGAAACUUAACUCGUCCCAGAUUCCCCUCGUUUCCAAAGUGGCAAAUGGCUCCGGUUACUUCGCCAUUGGGCUUUUCUGCUUUCCGUUGAUCCAAAACCAGGUCGUGCCAUAGAUCUUGCUUACUAUUGGAGGACAAGUUAGCUCUUAUCCUGGAAUAACUGCAAACAGAGCAAAUGUGUUGUCCAACUUCGUUCCCAGGUUCCUUUCUCCUCCUCCUUCAAGAAGGAGCCUGGGAACUAGGUUGUUUAAUUGUCGUGGUAACUAGCCCAGUGUCUGGGCAUAGUUGAUACAGUGGAAUGAUUAUGAAGCCCGUUAGACUCCUUUGUUAUAUGUAUUGUAAGCUUUUUUGGACCUGACCGUGUACAACUUUCAAUAUCAUUUAGUAAGUCACAAUCUCUGAACAAAAAAAAGUAUCGUGCACGGUCAGGGGCGUCCAACAUUUCGUCUUUGAUGUUUGCCGGCUUUCAUAACCAGUAGUCCUCUACUAACUAUGGUCUGGGGUUAUCAUCAUUGUAACUCGGCCCUGCUUUCAAAUACCAAUCGAACACCCCUUUCCGACUGAAGCGAAAGUUUUAUUUUAUCUGUAUUUCAGGACUUGGCGAAUGUUCCUCUUUUGUCUUAUGACCCUUUGCCACCUCGCGAUUCGUUUGCAGGGUAUAUGCGACCACGAAGGUAAGAGGAAAAUUUGUUUAUUUUAUUACGCCCUUGAAUGAGUGUUAGGCGGAUUUAGCAAAGUCAACGCAACUUUUAUUAAGGACUUAAACGCCUUAGCACGAAUUGCUUGGUACGGGUUAUUGGCUACAACUUCGUUCCCAUGGUUCUCCCUUAUUCAGCCUUACCUCGCGCUCCGUGAGCCGAUUAGGAGAGGACCCUGGGAAUGAAAAUGUAUUGGCUUAUGCCGAACUUGCUGAAAGCGAUUUUCGGUGCUCUGUUUGCCCCUCUGCCACUGGUCAAGUGGUCAAGUGGGUUUUUAGAUCUGUGCGCGCCGUCGUCGUCUUUUCUAAAUCCGCCUUUUCCCAUCUUAAAAAGCGCGAGAUUAAACGAUUUUUUUUUUUUAACUGUUCUUUCAGAAACCUACCUCGUGAAGAAGAACAUGGCGGUGCUUUGUCUAUGUUUUUCCGCUCGCUUCUCCUUCUUUUACUCCCAGACUGCUGACGGACAACGCGAACGUUUAGAAAUGAGGCUUGAACAGCCCGUGGAAGGAGCAGAGGGAGGGCCCAGGCCUUUACGAGAUACAGAGCUCGCGCGGGGCGUGGAAAAUCUGAUGGUUGCUAUGAGAGAACUGCUUAAUACUCUAAGUUAUCGCGGACAGCCCGAGGGUGAACAGGGGGAUGAUGCGGGAGAAAAUGAAGAGGAAUGGGAAGAAGGACAAGAAGAUCACUAA